AGUCCGCGCUCACUCACUCUCCCAGUCAGUGUGCACUGUGCAGCCGCUGCUGCAUGGCCAGCCUCCGGGCAUAGACGGAUACAGACAUUACUCCCCGCGCCUUUUGCAUUGCAAUUAUAUCUGCUUUGAUUGAUCAAGACACACUAUAUCCCUGCUGGUUUCGCGACACUUUUUCCACCCUGAGAGAAAACACCAGGUGUGACCUUGGUGACCUGGGUUUGUUUGGCCUAACUUUCCCAGCAGCACAAGGAAUAAUUUUCUUACAAAUCAUCCUAAACACAGACUCUGAGUCCAACAAGAGACAGCUGUUUGGCACUAUCCAGGGAUGGUAGAUAACUCUCCAGUUAGCAAGGGGACUUUUCUUCUCUCCAGCGGCGCUCCACACCCCUACCGGCUGUCUGACAUGGUGACAGACCUGAGCUCCUACCAGGUGAUGCCGUCACCGUUUUCGGAGGACGACCUGAGCGAGUCAUCCAGCCCCCGUUCCUGUUCCAGCCCGGACUCCCAGGUGCUCAGCUCCAGCUACGGCAGCAACUCUAGUGCUGAGAGCCAGGACAGCAUUCUGGAUCACCUGCUGUCCCAGGCGUCUUUAGGAGGUGCCAACAGUAUGCUGGCAGGGUCUGAGGCACCUAUAGCAUUAUCCACUUUCUUGUGGGACUCAAGGAGAGAUGAGCCCUCCAAACACGAGCCCGUAAAGGAGGAACAUUUUGACUUCCUAACCUGGUCCACUGUGGAGACAGAGGAACAACUUGUAGGGUCCUUCCAGCCCACACUGGAAGAGAUUGAAGAAUUCCUGGAGGAGAAUAUGGAGGUGGUAACAAUGAAGCAGGAAAUCCGAGAGGGUUGUCCGGGGUUGGGAGUGGGACUGGAAGAGGCUCUUGGUCUAGAAGUUGGCUUGGAGUGGUGCACGGACACCUCCCCUGAGCCUAAGCUAGAGCCAGAGGCCACUGCUGCCCCCAGUGCGACCAAAACUACAUCAGUUAACCACACGCAUGAAUCCAGCACAGGAGCCAAGAAGGCAUUAGCCAACAACACUUCAUCAGCAGACAGUGGCACAAACAGUAGUGGGAUGCCGGUCAUCCUACAGAUUCAGCCUCUUGAGAUCAAGCAGGAGCCCACAGUAGCGCCUCUUACCCCAAUAGCCCAGCCUCCACCGCCUGCCCCAGCCUCAGACAUCAAAAUUGCACAGCUAUUGGUCAACAUCCAAGGUCAGACCUUUGCCCUGGUGCCCCACAUCCUGCCCUCUCCCAGCCUUAACAUCUCCUCCAAGUUUGUCCGCAUUGCUCCCAUCCCCAUUGCAGCCAAGCCUCUUGGGCUCGGGGAUUGCUCAGCCAGCCAGGGCUCAGGGGUUCUUCUUGGAGGUCAAAAGUUCCAGAAGAACCCAGUGGCGGAUCUUAUCAAAAUGCACAAAUGUACUUUUCCUGGCUGCACCAAGAUGUACACCAAGAGCAGCCACCUGAAGGCCCACCUGAGAAGGCACACGGGGGAAAAGCCUUUUGCCUGCAGCUGGCAGGGCUGUGGAUGGAGGUUUUCCCGGUCGGACGAGCUGUCUCGACAUCGGCGUUCCCACUCAGGUGUCAAGCCUUACCAGUGUCCAGUUUGUGAGAAGAGGUUUGCCCGCAGUGACCACCUGUCAAAACACAUCAAAGUCCACCGAUUUCCACGAAACAGACGGACAAUUUGCUCAGCCAACUGAUGCGCCGCUGGGAUCACUGGGAAUACUGGGAUCACUAUCAUACAGACACAGGCCAUAGAGGCAUGGUGCGAGUGUGAACGUACGGGUGUGUGUGUAAAUGUUUGCACCAUCAUCAUGCCAGUUUGCAUAUGUGAGUGGAAGUCUGUGCAGUCUGUGAUUGUUCUAAUUUAUUGUACAAGUAAACCAACACAGUUACCAUCCUGUCUGUAAUCAGCUGAAGGUUGUUGCUGUUGCUGCAUUGGUAUCCUGUACUCCUUAUGUUUGUUCUGUCCUUAUCGCUUGUCACAGCACAAGAUAAGAUAAGCUUAUUUUCAUUCAGUCUGGAUUAUGUGAUAGCUUUGGUAAUAGCCUUCCAUGUCCAUUCUACCUGGAUCAAAACAACUGCCUUUUAUCUUCCUAAAAGCUGCCAGUGUCUUGGACGUUCCUCAUCUUAUGUAAUGUUUAGGACGUCACUGGGAGUUACCUCAGAUCCUCAUUAGCUACCAGUUACUGGUAGUUUCUCUUCCUGGGGUCCACAGAAGUUUCUCCCUGUGGGGUUUUCUCUGAUAGCUUUGUCCUAGUUUUUGCUGCCGUGCACCACAGUUUAAUCAUAGCUGAAGAGUACCUUUACUAUUCAACUGGGCUUUGAUCCACAGGGAGAGAAACCUCACGACCAACUACCUUGUUAAGCCUGCUUGGACAUGAGGAGAAUGGAAGAGAAACACAAGAAAUCCAAAAGUGAAAUGCAACUAAAGUGUUUAGUACAGCACAGUGGUUGUUCAAUUUUGAUCAGUGUUUAAUGAUCGUUGUUUUUUUAUGAAGCUGAGUCAUGUGUAUUUACUUGCUGGUUUUGAUCUGUAUCACUGUUGCCUUACUGUACCUCAGAAUCCUUGCUGGAGAGCCAAAUGGUUUGGGAAAUCAGGCUCUUCAGUGAUCCAUAUUUUAAAAGGGUGUUAAAGGGUAACUACCAUUUUUUUCAACCUAAAGUAUGUCCUAUGUUUUUGUGUCUAAUUGGCUG